AAUCAAAAUGGCUGUCGUUUAGGUCGUGCUUGUUGUUAAAUUUUUUUAUUUUUGCAAAAUUUUAAAACUGUUGACAUAAAUCUGAGGACAACAUGGGGCGGUCGCCUAGCCCGCCGCGGCGACGCGACGACCGGCGUCGUGAGGACAGAAGAGACCGAGAUAGGGACCGCGACAGGAGAAGACAGCGGACCCGGUCCCGUUCCCGGUCUCUAGAGCGGCGAAGACGGUCCCCGGACCGGCGGCGGUCGCCAUCGCCGAGACGCCGAAGAUCUCGCUCCAUAUCUCCAAUACCUACUUCAUCGUUCGCUCCGAAGCCGAAAAAGACGUUCGGAGAGCGUCCCAUAGUCACCCCUGCCGAUUUGGAGGGAAAAACGCCAGAAGAGCAAGAAAUGCUGAAAGUUAUGGGCUUCUGCGGCUUCGACACCACCAAAGGUAAGAAAGUUGACGAUAAUGUUGAUGGAGACGUCCAUGUUGUUCUCAAAAGGAAAUACAGACAGUACAUGAACCGGAAAGGCGGUUUCAACAGGCCUUUAGACUUUGUUGCGUAGUUGUUAGCCUUUAUCGCAUGUUAGACCUGCAGGGUCGACCGAGGAAGUUUUUACAUGUGAUAUUAUUGAAACUUGAGGGUGCUGCAGUAUGCACGAUGAGGCUUACUAGGCCGUCUGAGUAUAAAAGACUAUCGUCAAAAUUAUAAUCGUUACUCUAUCUGAAUUCUAGUUAGAUUUAAAUUCUUACUCCCUUGCUAAUAGUAAGUUACGUGCGUUAAACGCCAGCUUAAAAUGAUAUUUCCAAUUUUCUACACAAAAUGCCACUUUAGACUGGUAGAAUUUGCAUAACUUUUAUUAGUAAGGGUUGUAUUGAAUAUUUACAAUGGAUAGUCUUUUAAAAUGUCUGGAUUAUUUAGCCUUAAAAUCUGAAAGAGGACUCAAUUCUAUCAAAUUAUUAUUAGUUAUAUUACAUGAGAAACAGCAUUUCUAGGUUAUAAAAAUUCUAUACAUUGCCUAGAUCUGGAAUUUGCGUAUCAAAAAACAUUGGGCCAAAAAAAUUUCAAUUUCAAUUAGUAAAAAAAAUAACCUCAUUUGAUCAUAGAAUUGAAAUCAAAUA